AUGGUGUUAUUAUCGUCUACUCUCGAAACAUUGCCCGAUGAAAUACUUAUGAUUAUUAUCCGAUAUUCUGACAAUAUUACGUCAGUCUUUCGUACGUUUUCUGGUCUAAAUCAACGCCUGAAUCGAAUUCUUGUUGAUCGACGUUUACAUCUCCUCACUGAUCUCUUGCGUGUUAACAUUAGAAAAAUUAAUUUCAAUUAUUAUUAUAAUACUCCAUUAUUCCAUGACUUAUCGGAACAAUUAUGCUCAUUACAAGGCGAUGAUUAUAUACAUCAACUCGAUCAAUGUUUUCAAAGAUUAAUCAGCUUUCAUAUUCAAGAAAAAUCUCGUCAAAUCGAAGAACAAUUUCGAUCUGAUAGAGAACAAUUCCGCUUGAUACGUGCUAAUCUCACCGAUAAAGAAAUUCACUCUCGCGAUGCAGAAUUGAAGAAAGCCUUCAAUAAUUUAGAAUCGCAUUCGCUCAAUUUUGAAUAUCUUCAACAAAUCGGAGAUCUUGUUGUUGGUACUGGUGCUCGGCUUGAGUGUACUAAUUAUGAACUUGGCGAAUACAAUCUGGCUAAAGCACUCAAUCAACAUGUUCUAGCUCAUCUCUAUACCAUUGGAUAUCCGAGUGGAUCCUGCCUACGUUCCAUUCAGAGAUUAUUCAAAGCAUUGAUCAUUUCCAAUCCAAACCUCGUCAACAAUAAAGACUAUGUGGGCAAUGGUGGUUCUCUCAUGUAUUAUUUUUUAAUUUAUGCGGUCUUUCGACUACAACACUUCCCUCGUUUUCCACCACUAUCGAUGGGAAUUAUUAUGCAAAAAUAUGACACGAUACUGGAAUUAUUAUUAUUCAUCAUUCAAUGUCUAAAGCAAGUUUUUGAUAAGGAGUUGUGGAUAAAGGAUUGUAUUUUGGAUAGCUUAAAUGUAGUUAAUUCGAUCAGAAAUGACGCAGAUGAAAAGAUUUUUAUUCAAUACAGUCAAAUGGAAGUAUUGAAAAUAUUCUUGCAGGAAGUGACUGGAAAAGAAAUAUUAUUGGAUGAUUAUUCGAAUUCUGUGUUUCAAGAAGGAUUAACGAAUUUAAUCGACACUAAUCGAAUUGAUAUUAUCGAAUAUGUUUUUCGUCAGAAUAACUUCAUACAUAAUUUUUUUACUCGAUCAGCCCAUUGUUACAAACUGAUUAAUACAAUAACUGGAACUCUAAGCAGACGAAAAAUGUUUCAACGUUUUCUAGACGAGGAAGCGCCUCAACCAUGGCUUACAAGUGCGGCACUAUUAUCUAUUCUAUUGAAAAAGAAAGAAUGUAAAUGGAUUAAAAAAUUAUUACAAUUAGACUCAAAACUAAUUCAUGAAGUGGAUGAAGAUGGUAAUGAUCCAUUACUUUAUAUCUGCCUUAAAGUGAAGGGUUGUCGACAUCGUCUGAUCGAAUGCUUAAUUGACAUGGGAUGUGAUAUACAUAAAAAAAAUGUUCACGGCGAACAUUUUCUUCAAGCCAUUCAACUGAAAAGAAAUAGAAAAUUACUGAAACAGUUAAUUGAACAUGAAAUCAUCGUAAGAGAGAAUGAAAGUGAACAAUUACGUCUUGCCAGUCAAAACUAA